AUGGCACAUGCCUUUGCCAGUGGCUUCCCUGGCAUGGCUGACAACCUAAAUGGCGAUUUGGGUCAGAGCAGCCACUCGGAGUUCAGCCAGGCUCUUCAAAACAACAGUGCAGGGCAGAGCAUGUCGUCGAUGUAUGCCAGCGAUGCACAGCGUCUGCUAAAUGCAUCUUCCAUGCAGCAGGCUGAGUAUGGGGCCAAUGGGGUCUCUGGCCUGGGUUCGAUCCACCCCAACUGGCAAGGGCAGCAAGCCGGCAUGCAGCCCAGCGACCUCAACGCAUAUGGCACUGACUACGACAACUUCCUGGCAAACAAUGGGCUGGGCGUAAAGUCGCAGAGGCCCGGGCCGUUGCCUGGGAUGCCGCCUCUGUCUCGGGGACCCAGCGGGCUGGACCUCAUGUCAGCCGGGCAGCAGAACGGCACAGCGCCGCAGCGCAGCCCCCCCAACAUCCAGCAGAUGUUUGCCAACAUGACGCGCUCGCCCAGCAACGGACAGCUGGCCGCACUGAAGCCGUACCUGCCACCCGGCCUGAGCGAUGAACAGUCCUUCAGCCGCGGCCUCCAGGGGGGCGUGCCCACAGCCGCGAUGCUGCCGCAGGGCUACAGCGCCGCCGGACAGCCUCCUCCGCGCUCUGACAACCGCACACCGCCAGUCGGGGCUGGGUACAAUGGCGAUGCCAGCAGGGACCCUCAGCCUGGGGACUGGCCUGCACCCGAGGGCAACCACCUGGUGUCACACUCGUCUGGGCUGAGCAACGCCUUCUCCGGCGCCGGCAAACUGGCGCCUGCGGACAUCCAGCAGCUGCUCAACAGCAUGGGCAAGUACCCCGCCAGCGCGCCGGAGCCGAUUGGCCGCCCCGCCUCGCGUGCAAGCAACGCCGGCGGCGCGUCUGCCUCGCGCCAUGCCAGCGGCGGCAGCCUCUCCGAGAUGCUCGCCGCGCAGCCCAAGGGCAGCCCCGGCGGCGCCAGCACCGCGCACGACUUCCCCGCCGGCCACAGCCCCCCUAACACCCAGCCCGCAGACGCGCUGCCGCCGCCGGCCAACUCUGAGCCAGGCCAAGAAGCACCGCCGCCCGCGACGACCGCCGGCCCCGAGGUCGAGGCGGGCCCUGGCCUCAGCGCAUUUGCUGCGUUGGCAAACAUGGCCCUGGAGGACGCCCCUGCAGAGGGCGUGGAGGGCCAGGCUCCGGCUUCCACCGUCAGCACGAUGGCCGGGCAGGCUCCGCUUGCGCCAAACCUGUUCGACCCCUCGUACGCAGUGCCUGCCGGCAACGCCAACCUGGCCAGCCACCUCAUGGACCCGGCUAGCCUGGCCGGCGGCGGCGGCGCUGCGCGCGCCCCGGAGCUGGGCCCCGGGCUGGGCGGUCUGGACAUGACUGCGAUGCAGCAGCUGCAGCAGCAGCUGGGCGGCAAUGCCUCCUACAAUGACAUCAUGGAGGCCAUGCGCCUGAACGCGCAGCAGCAGGCGCUCGCUCAGCAGAGGAUGCAAGCGACCAGGGCAGGUGCUGGUCAAGUCCCUGGAGGGGCCAAUCCUGCUGCCGGCAACAUUGCCGGGCUUUCAGGCUACAACCAAGAUCUCUUGAAGCAAGCGGAUCGUGCUGGAAUUCUGGGGCGCAGUGCCAUGCUGCAGCAGCUGAACAAGGGCCAGGUGCCCCAGCAGCAGCCGGUGCCUGGGCGCGGCAUGGCUUUCCCCUCUGGAGGCCUGCCCUAUGGAAUGGCAGAUCAGCGCCUCCCUGGAGCUGACACCUUUGGCAACGCCACCCCCAAGCCGCAGCCGAGCCCGCAGCAGAUGCGCUUUGGCGGCAACAUCGGCGUGCAUGCGAUCAACCGCACCUCCGCGGCGCAGCUGCCAGGGCAGCCCCAGCCGCAGAACCGGGCCCUGUUGGGCGGCCAGGCGUUCGGCCUCAACAACCCGCUGACGGCCGGCCUGGGCGCGCCUCGCCCCGGCCUGAAGCCCAAUUGGCAGGCUCAGCGGGUGCAGACGCACGCCCAGGCCGCCGUCGCUGCUCAGCAGGCUGCUCAAGUCCAGCAGGUGCAAGCCAUGAGGCUGGCGGCUGCGAAGGCUCAAGCACAGGCGCAGCUGAACGCGCAGCUGCAUGCCCAAGCCCAGGCCGCGCAGGCUCAAGCCAACCGCAACAACCUGCUCGCUGGCCUGACCCCGGCACAGCUGAACAUGCUGAUGAACGCGCCGCCGCAGCAGCUGAAUCAGAUGGCCGCGCAGCUGGGGCUGCUGGAUUCCACUCCAGGCGUGGGCGGCCUGGGGGGCAUGCCCAAUGCAGGCCUGGGAGGCAUUGGCAUGACGCAGCAGCAGAAGCUGAUGGCCGCUGCCGCGGCGGCGCGCGGCGGCUACGCUCCGCAGCCGCCCCAGCGCCAGCCCACCCGCCCCAUGAUGAGCCAGCAGCAGCAGCUGCAGCAGCUCUACGCGCAGCAGGCUGCCCAGCAGGGCCGUGUGACGCCGUCGCUGAUGAAUAACCCUGCGCUGGCCGGGCUGGGCGGCGCGCAGCCGCCGGGAAGCGGCCAGAACAUCCUCGGACAGCCCGGUGGAGCGGGUGGGCCCGUGCAAAGCCGCGCAGCGCUGGUGGACAUGGGCCGCGGCCUGGCGCAGGCGGGCUUCACCGUGGAGCAGGCGGUCAACUCCGGCCUGCUGGGCGGCUUCAGCGCCUUUGAUGUGCGCGCGCUGUCCGAGGGCCACCAAGCUGAGGUAGCCCGCAUGCGCGCUGCCCGUGCCGCCGCUCAGCAGAAUGCGCAGGCCACCGCCCAGCAGCAGCAGCUGGCCCAACAGCACUACUUGCGCCAGAGCCAGCUCCAGCAGCUGCAGCAGGCCCAGCAGGCCCAGGCUGCUGCAGCCACAGGAAGCCACGCCGGCAGCGAUGCAGGCUCCCACAGCGCCACCCCCAAGACCCCCGCGCCCAUCAUGAACCUGGGCCCCGGCUCCCUGGGCCAGCUGUUCGACUGGCAGCCCAACCAGCAGCAGCCCGCCAACCAGCCCGGCGCCGACCUGCUAUCCGCGCACUGGGACAUGACCAGCACGCAGCUGCACGGCGCCCAGAGCGCCGCGCCCUCCCAGCUGGGCCCGGCUCUGAGCCUGGGCGGCCUCUCCGGCCCCCUCGAAGCCAACCUUGGCGGCGGGCUCGGCCCGAUCGCCCCGCGCGCCGGCAGCGACGGCGGCGGCAGCGAAGCGCUGUUCCCUCCCACUCUCCGCUCGCGCAGCCCCUGGGAGGGCGGCGCAGGCGGAGGCCUGGGCGCCAUCCAGCCCGGCAGCGCGCGCAGCGGCGUGAGCAGCCACGCGACCACGCCGCGCUCGCGCCCAGGGACGAUGAGCAGCCUGCUGGAGAUGGGCAGCAUGUUUGGGCCACCGGCCGGGCAGCCGCCGACCAAGUACUCCAGCCAGGGCAGCCUGGACGGCGAGCUGCCGAGCCACAUGCGCGGCGCACCCGGCGCACAGGCGCCCAUCGGCGACGGCCGCGCCACCAAGAGCGGCCAGGGCGAGGUGCCCGCCAGCCUGCGCACCUUCUGGGAGAGCGGCGGCCUCGGCUCUGCCGCUGAUACCUCAUUGGCCAGGCCGCUCGCGAAGAGCAUCAGCCUCGACAGCGCGCGACCGCCGGCUGGAGCACAGGGCCUGCCCACAGCAGGCAAUGCCAUGGAGCCCGCUAUGGACCUGGAAGCCAUGGAUGCUGCACUGGAGGCUCUGGCGGCCAAGGCCGCCUCCGAACCGAGCGCCCCGCAGGAGCCUGUGGCCCCCGCCAGCCUGGACACCUACACGGCGGCAGAGUACAGCUUCUUCAACAUGGGGGACCCGACUGAGGCUCUGGGCACCCUUUCGCUGGAGGGAGAGCUGGAGGACGAGGCCGGCACAGACAAGGACAUCCCCAGCGGUCUGGACGACACCGGCAUGACUGAGGUCGCUGAAGACCUGGCCAAGAGCGCUCCCUGA